AUGCUCGAUUUGCUUCAGCCUGAAAAUGUCCUGAAUCACCAUUACCUGGGGAAAUCUUCUUCUUGCUGCUCUUCUUUCGAUCGUGUCUCGAGCUCCGAGCUGUCGCCGACGACGCGUGGCGUAAACAGAGCAGAGCGAGGAGGGGAACAGAGCAUAGCGAAGGCUAAUAAGAAGGCAGUUGCUGCUGUUACGGUCGCGGAUGGCGUUUUUGUGAAGUGGUGCGAUAAAUUAGAACUAAACAGAGAUUUAACAAACGUCGUCGUUUCGUAUGCGUCUCUCGCUUUGCCUGUGGAGAUGAGGCCGAGACCGAGAGCGACGAACAGAGUGGUCUUAGCGUCGGCGUUUUGGUUCGGCGUCAAGAACACGAUGACGUGGCAGAGUUUGAAGAAAGUGGAAGAUGUGACCGGGGUUGCAGCUGGGAUGAUUCGAGCGGUUGAAAGCAAAAUGGCGCGUGCGAUGACGCUACAGCUUAGACGGUGGCGCGUGGAUUCGGAGGAAGGAUGGGCUGAAAACGACAACGUUUGA